CCGCGGCGCUGGGCGGGGAGAAGCGAGCGGCGGGGUCUUAUAGGGUCUCGGGGGCCGUGCUGUGCCUGCUGGAUGUGUUUGCUAUGUUGCGGCUGCUGGCGUGUCCUCGUGGGAGGUUGUGUACUGCAGGAGAGAAUUGCUGGAAAAUGUGAGCGCUUUGAACUGAGUUAUGUGGAAGAGCUGGCUGUGGUUACGGGACCAGGCUGUAUGUGAGGAAUCUCAGUGGGACAGCCUGAAGAUCGAAUUAGCAAUAGUUACUGCUUCUAGGAAUGUGAGCAUGUGCAAGAUUUAACACCAGGUCAAUUGCACUGUUUAAGAAUAUUAUCCUCUCCAGAGGUCAAAGAGUUCACAUAAGCCUGCCAUGAAUAUAAAUAAAAAUAUUCCUUAUUAAUUGCUCAGAAAGUAAGGAGAUCCUCGGAAGAAAAAUGAAAAAACAAGCUUCUGAUCACAGGGUAAUGAACCACAGAAAUAGAACUCUGGGAGAAGACAGUGAUGACAAAAAUCAAAGUUGCUCUGAAAAAGGUCACAGUGAAAAUGCCACUUAUAGUCAUGGAAGUUGCACUGUAAAACUUCCAGUAAUAGCAUCGUUUGCAGGUACUGCUAAAAAAAUUCCACCUCAGAAGCCAAGACAUGGCAGAUCUGAUUUUUGCACCAGUAACUCCCUGGUCUUGUUGGAGAAGACAAAAACUGUUAGUAAAGUAAAGGAUAGAGCACGUAUGCUACAGGCGAAUCUCUACAACUUAAGGAAUGAUAAAGCUGAAAAAAUAGGUACUGUGAUUAAAGAUAGUGAUGAGUUUAGCUCUGCAGACUUAAAGAGAAAUGAAAACAUUCCCAGGAAGGGAAAAUUAACCAGGGAAAGCUGUAAGAAGAGAAGCAAAGAGAUUUCAAAACUAAAGCAGCAAGAUUUAUGUGUUGAACUGGGACAAGUGCUGAGAAAAGGAAGCAAGCAGCCAAGUGUGAGGUCUGCUCAGGAACAGUUGGAAGAGUCUACUUCUCCAUCUUCCUCAGAACAGAUGAUCAAAGAACUCCUGGAGAGUGUUCUUGGCCAGAAAUGCAACAUAAAAAUGGAACAGGCCCCAGUUGAAUGUAAGGAAAUAAAAACUGAUUCUCAAGCUAGCAAGGAAAUCCUGCCAAGUUUUCACCAAGCAAGCCUGAUGCCAGUUGUUCAGAAAGAAUCUCGAGUAGCAGAAAAUGAAUCUCAGCCUACAGAUGAGCUGUUAACAUAUAAUAAGCAGGUGAAACAGGCUUCAUCCACAGAUGUGCUAUGGGUGGAAGGAAAAGCGAUAUCAAAAAUUAAACCAAAUGAGUUUCAGAAAGAUCUACAAGAGGAACACAACUUGCAACAGUGUUUGCCUUUCCUGCCCAGUCAUGCUUCAAAUGUCAAACAGCAAAAUUAUUCGAGCAUUCAUCAUCUAUGUACUGCUUUUCCCGGAUUUAUGUUGCCUCCGUAUCUACAAAUGGCUUCAAGAAUUUAUCAUACUUCAAAUAGAAGAGGUCACAAUAUCUUGUUUACGGCAGAGGAUAUAGACAAUAGGCAGAAAGAAUCCAUAUAUUCUGAGUAUAUUUACUUGAAAGAACAAGCUGAAAAGAAAAGAAUUUGUUAUGAAGGAGUUCCUGCUUCAGAACUGUUUCAGAAUGAUCAGAAAGAUGGGAUUUGCUCUCUUCCACCUCAUACAUCACAAACGCUAGCUGAGUGGCAAAAAGCUGAUUGUAGUCUUAAAAAACCACAGCUUCAACUGGUAGGAGAGAAAGUUUCCAUUUAUCCAGAAGCUUUGAAAAUGUUUUGGGCUCCUGUUCCACCAAAGUUCUUUGCUCCAAUUUCUUCUAUGAAGGAAAUUUUAUUUCCUGAAUAUGAGAGCAACGUUAUUGAAGAUAUCACAUAUGAAGACUUCUUAAUUGAUUAUGAAGAAGAGUUAGAAACUGAGCAAGCUGAUCUUGAUUUCUAUGAUUAUUUGCCAACAGAAAAUCAGCUGAGAAGAUGCCAGUCUUUCUCACAUUUUUCUGACAGGGAGAGCUCAAAGAUAAAUUUGAUUAAAAGAUCAGCCUCUGCGCCGGAGAUGACUGCUUUCAAACAUGAUACUAUAUUAAAGAUGUCAGCUGAUUUCAAAACCAGUAUGAAAGAGUUGAAGCUUAUGAAGCAACAAAUAGCUGAGUCAAAGGUUGAGACUGAGACUGCGAACAGCUCCCCUGCCAAGCAUCUUUUGAACCAAGUCUGUGAUGAUUGCCACUCAAAGAUGACAAAUGCACCAGUGGAAAAAAUGCCUACUUUGACUGGACAAGAGGAUAGUGAGAAUACUGUACUUGCAAAGAGAGUUCAAAAGGCUGGAAUUAAGUAUGUUAUUGUCCCAAAAGGAAAGAGGAAGAAGAAAUCAAGGAAAGCAAUAAAUACUAGAAAAUUAGAAGCUGUGAUUAAGAAAUUAAAUGAACCUCCAAGAAUUCUUAAAAGGUCUGUGUCUCUAGGAAGACUUCUUAUUCAUAAUAAAUUCAUUAUCAAGGUGUCGCCAGCAAUCAAACUAUAUCAAAGCCCAAGCAUCCCUUGUUUGUUGGAUUUUGAAAAGUUUGCUAAAGUGAGGGGUGGAAUUCCAAAAGAAACUUCUGCUCGUGCAUGGGUCAGUGGAAUCUGGAGCUGCUGGUUUGAUGAAACAUUCCCUGCUUGUGAGACUGUUCCUGAGAAAGGUCCUGAAUUGCUAGAAGGAGCUAAGGCAGUGGGCUCUAAAGAAACAAAUCUACAAAUAGAACUAGUUGACUCAAUACAACCUGUUCUUCUUGAUGAUGCAGUAGUUAACACUGAAGAUUUAGAAGAAGAAGUAAGAAGACUGACUGAUCUAAUAGUUGAGCAUCCUUCAGCUUUUCAAUAUUGCAGGCGUGGAGCAAUACGAAGAAAGUUAGGCAAGCUAAAAUCAGCUAUGGACGACUUGGAAAAAGCUAUAAGCUUAGAACCACUACUACUUGAUGCUUAUUGGCAUAGACAUUUGAUUUACCUCUUUCAAGACAAAUUCUCUGCUGCUUUAAAUGACCUGAAUUUCAUUACUAAAUGGAACAAAAAUAAAGUAGAUGCAUACCUCUCAAAGGCUGAAAUUUACAGAAAACUGGGUGAUAAUACAAUGGCAAUCAUCAAUUACAGCUCUGCAAUACAAUGCAACUCUACAGAUGAUGACAUUUAUUUCAGAAGAGCUGAGUUGUAUUUUGAGGAAAAUCAAUUGUUGUUGGCUGUAGAUGAUUAUGCCAAAUGUUUUCAGUGUAACCCAAAAAGAACAGAUGCACGUAUGAAACAUGGAAUAUAUUUCUUUGACCAUUCAAUUUUGACUACAGCUAUUCAGGAUUUUACAGCUGUGAUUAGAGAAGAUCCUAGCAAUGCUCAAGCAAGGCUAUAUCGAGGAAGAGCUUAUGCUAAACAGAAGCAGUAUAGAAAUGCAGUACAAGACUUGGCAGCAGCAAUUCAUCUAGACCCCUCUUGUUGGUUAGCAUUCUACUAUAGAGGUUGCAUCUUACGGGAGAUUGAUCCAAAAAGAGCUCUGCAGGACUUCAGUGUUUCUGUACUCAUCAAUGACACUCGGGAGAAUUUUUCUGCUUUUCUUCAUCGUGGGGUCAUUUACUCAAAGCAACAGCAAUGGUCAUUUGCAAUCCGUGACUUUGAAAGCGUCAUAGCUUUGGACAGCUCUAUCAUCUUUGCUUACUUAAAUACUGGUUUGAUACUGCUGUUGCAUCUGGAUCAAUACUAUGAAGCAAUUCGGCAGUUUACAAAUGCUAUAAAAAUUGAUCCUCUCAAUGUUCAAGCCUACUUGUGUAGAGCACAAGCAUAUCACAAGAUUCAUAAUUUAUCACAUGCUGUGAAAGACAUAAAUCGAGUAAUUCAUCUUUAUCCAGAUAAGUCAGAACUGCAGAUACUAAGGGGACAGUAUUUGUUGGAGUUGAAGAAAUAUGAGUUGGCAAGUUUAUGUAUUCAUCAACUUGCAAAAAUGAAUGAAGUGUCCUUUCAGGUUCAGCCUGUUCAGCAAGCACUCAUACAGUCAUUUUGUCAAAAUCACAGUAAAGCCAUAGAAUACUUACGUGAAGCUGCUACAACUCAACCUGAGCCUUCAGUGUUUGUCCUCUUAGGAAAAAUGCAAAUGAAAGCUGAGAAAAUAGAGGAUGCUGUGGGAAGUUUUAAACAAGCUAUAAAUCUGCUGAUGACCUCAGAAAAAAUCCUUCGUCCUACAUUUGAAGCUGCAGAAAUGUAUUAUCUCAUGGGCCUGUGUUAUAUGGAACAAAUAAAUUUGUUAGAGGCCUGUGAUGCUUUUAGUAUGGCUAUCAGACUACAUUCAAGUUACCCUGAUGCUUUUUAUCAACGAGGGCUGUGUCGAAUGCAACUCGGACAAACAAAGUGCAUCCAAGACUUCAAUCAUACACUUGAACUUUGUCCAUCACAUUUCCAGGCAUAUAUGGGUCGUGCUGCUUACUAUGGAAGUAAAGGCAGAUAUUCUAAGGCAAUUAUGAAUUGUAAUGAAGCAAUCAAAAUUCAUCCCAACAGUGUAAAAGCUUAUUUUUACCGAGGAAUACUGAAGUAUCAAAAUAAGACAUUUAAAGCUGCAAUUGAGGAUCUUUCAAAAACUAUUGUCCUUGACAAUACCUGCAUUUUGGCAUAUUACAACAGAGCAAUCUGUUAUCAUCAAAUAAAGAAUUUCAGAAAGGCUUUGAAAGAUUAUGGAAUUUUUCUUCUGCAUGAGGAGCAUAAGGAAAUAGUUUUAAAAGUGUUCAUCAAUCGUGGACUACUCUACAUGGAACUUGGUGAUUACGCUAAUGCCUGUGAGGACUUAAAAGAAGCAGUGCUGCUUAGUCCAGGUGAUAGCCAGAUCUUUCAAGCUAUUGGAACCUGCCAUUAUCGACUUAAUGAGUUUGAAGACGCUGUGAGAUCAUUUAAUCAGGUUCUCAGAUUAGAACCCAUUUCUGUGGAAGCCUAUAUUGGACGUGGAAAUUCAUAUAUGAAAAAAGGACAUGAGGCUAAUCUUGAACAAGCACAGAAAGAUUUCUUGAAAGCAAUUCACCUGAAUCCAAUGUGUAUGAAAGCCAGAAUUUGCUUGGGGUACAACUUGCAGGCCAUUGGAAAGCUCCAGAGUGCUUGGAACCAGUUAACAAUUGUCAUUGCUAUUGAUUCAAAAUGCAAUGCUGCAUAUGAAGGACGAGCUUCAGUGUCUCUUCAAAUGGGUGAAGUUUUUUCUGCGCUUCAAGACAUAAAUGCUGCAUUAAAGCUCACUACUACUGCUCCACUGCUAACAAAUCGGGGUGUCAUCAAUCAGUUAAUGGGGCAUUUGUCCUGUGCCAUGAAGGACUAUCAACAGGCAAUUUCUGUUGACCCCACCUAUGCAUUAGCUUAUUUCUGUGCAGCAAAUAUCUACUUCCAUAAUCAUCAGUUUUCACAGGCUUAUUGCUAUUAUUCAGAGGUACUAAAUCUUGAACCAAGAAAUGAAUCUGCUAUCAUGAAUCGUGCUGUUACAAAUACAAUAUUAAAAAAUUUUGAAGAGGCAAAAGAAGACUUUGAGAAGGCAGUCUGCCUCUGUCCAUGCUCUGCAGUGGUGUAUUUUAACAGGGCAAACUUCUAUAAUGCAUUAAAGCAGUAUGAGCUAGCUGAGAAAGACAUUUCAACAGCAUUGUCAAUUCAGCCUAAUGAUGCCAUGAUGUACAGACUUAGAGCUGAUAUUCGUGCUAAAUUGGGUUUCAGUAGAGAAGCUAUAGAAGACUACAAGCAAGCAAUCAGCAUACAAGAACAGACUGACAACACGUGAAAAGACAUUGGUUCUAUUUACACAUUUCUCACACUUUAAUUAAAAAGUCCAAUGUGCAAGAAAUAUUUUAAUAUAUUUUAUACACAUUGUAUUUUCCUAACUACUAUAAUUACUUUGUUUCAGCCAGAGUUAUGAGAACAGAAUGCCAUAUUUUAAUUGUUACGUGUUAUAAAUGGUUCUUUAUUUCUUAAUGGUUGAAAAAACAUUUAAUUGUUUGGUAAAUGAAAGUAGUAGUAAUUACAAACAAAAGCUUGAAAUUCUGGUGACAGAAGGAUGAGAGAGAUAUGCUACCAACCAGUAUAAAUGCUUACAGUGAUGGUGGUUGUAUGUUGCCUGGACCAUCUAAGAAGUAAUAUUUUUAAGGUUGAUGGCUAUCAAAUGCUGGUAACUGCUAACUAGGUCUCACUUUUUACUUUAUUGUCCUUCUACACCUCUUCAUAAUAUUCCCUGUCCCCUGCCACUGGCAGUAGACAAUGUGUAACAUAUGCUGUUGUGGUGCAUGAGAACUACUCCAAGAAGUUGAAUUUGAGAGGAAGGUGUAAUUCAUCCUGAAAGCAAAGUUGAGAUAACUUUCUUCUGUGUAAAUGUAUUACAGUGUAUCAGCUUUGAAGAGCCAUAUAAAAAGCCUGAGUAAUAGACCAUAGGUUUUGUUCUAAAUUUAUAAGAAUCAAUAGAUAUGGAGAUAUAAGUAUGAAUCAAUGUGAUCAACAUUAAAAAACUGUCAGGCUCUGCUCACAUGCUAAAUUAAACCCCCUAGUUUUGGCAUACUAUAGAGAAGGAUGGAGCUAAAUUGUUGUCUUUGCCUUAGAAAAGCGAAGACUUUUUUUUUUUUUUUUUUUUUUUGCACUCCAAAAGUGAUUUUUAAGUUGUAUUGUUGAGAUGAAAGUAAAAAAUGUCACUGAUUUUUGUCAUUAAAAAAAAUCACAUUUUAUUUUCUGAGUACUUAAUGCUUUACACUCUUUUUGUAUAGUCCCUGUUCUUCAUACCUAUGUGGUAAUUGUGUAGCCAAUAUAACAGACAAGAAGUUUAGCUUUGUUCUGGCAGCUAAAUUUUGCAUUUGUAAUAUCAUAUUACAUUAUAAACAUUUCUAUGCUUGUCAUACUUAUGAUUUUAGGCUAAAAAAAAAAAAAGUACUGGAAAUUGAGUAUCACAACUAAUGCCUUAAUUCAGACACCACAAUUAAUUAACACCUACAGUGAUGAGACUUUGUACUUUGUAAGAUCUGUUACGUUAUAGUUGACUGGAAUAGAUGAAGCGAAAUGCAUACAAGUUAAGAAAAAAAGAAUCCCCAUGUAUUCUAUACUUAAUUUUUCCUUAUUUAUGAUUAGUCUUUCUUUAAAAACAGACAUUUAUAAGCUAAAUUAAAACAGGUAUAGAUGUUCUAUGAUGAUACAUUAAUAUUUCUGUUUGGUAUUGUAACAUGGAGUAUUGCAACCUACACAAGUAGAUCAAGUAUAAUUUACAGUGUAUACGUUUACAUGCAUCUAUACUUAAGUGCAUGAUUAUCAUGGUUGUUGAUGCAAACUAGGAAACUAUUUACCUGAUUUCCUGUAUGUGCUCAAAUCCAAACUUUUCUUGCAAAGUGGUUUCAAUGUAAUGCAAAAAUGGGGUCCUUUUUCCCUUUCUCUUUCUCCACAUUUCUCUCAGUUCUCUUUAUUAUCUAAAGAAUUGUUUAUUGAUGAAAUCGUUAAAUUAUGCAUGAUUCUAUGGCAUUUUCCUUUCUUUGAUCUCCUUAUGAAUUACCUGCUGAUGGGUUGUGAGAUAGCAAUGCCCUCAUCGUGUAUAGAACAUCAUCAAAGUUAAAUCAGAAUGAAGAGGUCAAACUUUUCCCUUAGAUCCUUUUCUUGUGGUGUUCAGUGCUGAUUUUCUUUAGCUUAACUCCUUUUGAAUGUCAAACACAAAUGGGCAUUUAUAAGAUUUUUAUCUUCACAUUUAAAACAUGAAACCAAGGACAGUCUGUUAUGACUCACUAUUGAGAGAAUAACUUAAAUGACACGGGUCAUUGUUUUCUCUUCUGCUUGUUCUAAUUUUAUAUUCUGGAUGGUAUUUCCAAUUCUUAAAAAGUGAAAAAUUGUGUAAUUCUCUGGCUGCAUGGAGGUUUGGGUUUUUUUUUUUUUUCUUCAGAGUUUUUCAUGCUCAGUGGUGACCCAGUGUAUUUCUGAUUUCAUAAUUUAGCAUCACACUCAUUCACAACUUAGGAGCAUGCUAGAUGCUUGUGAAAGAUGCUGUGGAUGAAGAAUAUAUUUGCACAAUAUAGCAAGAAGGGUUCAGGUUGCAUGAUUAAAAAACAACAACAAACAACAUGAUUUCUUUGAAAAAUAAAUUACUGUCUCUUUUCUUCAAAUAGUUAUUCUAAGUUUUCUUUAUAAUAUAAAUACUUUCUAAUACUUUCAGUGGAAGUGUUUUGUGUAAUAAUACUUCCUUGUUUUUUAAAAUAAAGUUGCUAACAAGGAUAAUAGUGAUUCUGAAGUCUUCUUUCCACUAAAUUACAAUUGUAUUUUGCAGGCUGUACAGUAACACUUGAAUUUCUAUGUUGGAAGGCACUAGGAUUGCUGCAGCCUAGACUUUGCCCAAUUCAAAGUGGGAUGGUUACUAAAGUCUGAGAUUUCUUCCACUGCUAGUAAUAGAUCCAGUGAAUUUUAAUAC